GGAUGCUGGACCAUUAUCUACUCUGCUUGGGAAAUCUAUUCAGAGAGGACAAAAUGCUCAUCUAUGAUGUAAUGAUUUACACAUCACUGCUCAACAGAUGUACAAAUUACUUUUAAAUGAAAGCUGCCCCGCAUGUCUUUUUUUCUCUUCUUUUUUCUUGCCAGUGUGACAUUGUUUUGGGGUGUGCACAUGUCUGCGUAUGGGCGAGACGGAGAGCAAAAAAGGUCAGAGAGGGGGGGAUUUUAAAGCACGACUGGAGGAAGAAGCAGAGAGCGCGAGAGGAAGCGUGAACACAUUCAGGGGUGGGACUCAGGGAGUGUGUAUGUGUGUGUGUGUGUGUGUGUGUGUGUGUGUUGUCUGAGAGUGCCAAGCUACUAUAGCUUUUUUUUUUUUAGCUUUCACUGAUCGGGUGAGACCUCCAGCCUGUUACAGAACAGGCAAGCUAGUGGAGCCGCAGAUCUGAAACACUCAUUCCAAAAUGCGCGCACACAGGCACUCAUGCACCGGCAAACACGUGCAUGCGCGCGAACGCGUCACCUCUGCCUCCACUGCCAGCCUGUGAUGUGACGGGAAGAGAGUCAUUUUGGGACAUUAGCGGCACUGCUUUGAAGACAAGAUAUGAAGUUUCAUCCCAGCAACCUACCGGGCACUCGGCCUACAAUGUGAGCCGCUUUCGAUUUCUGGAGGAAAGAAACCGAGCUCUGAAGCUUGAGGUAACCACGCUUCGCCAGGAGAAACAGCAGUAUAGGAAAAAGAGGGCAAAGCUCCAUGCUGCCUUGCAGGAGAAAAAACGUCUGAACCUUGAGCUGAUCAACCACCACCUGAAGACGUCCGACUAUGACCAGGUGCGAUCAGACUAUGAGCAGCUGAGACAGACCUUUGCUGUAGUGAGCCAGGAGAGAGACGUGGCCCAGCAGCAGAGGAGCCAACUCCAAGACAAAGUGGAGAACCUGGAACAGGUUCUAAAGCAUAUGCACGAGGCUGUAGAGCUGAAGCAGCAGCUGCAGAUAGAGCAUGAGCAGGCGUUGGUGGCCCUCCACACCAAGCAGAAGGAGAUCAAUCAACUGCAAAAGGUCAAGGUUCGUGACCUGGAGCAGAAAUGCAGGUCACAGAGUGAACACUUCCACCAGCUGUCCAACGAGCUGCUGAAUUUUCGUUUGCAAUCAGAUACUGUGGGCAUCCUUACAAAUAAUCCUGCCUCCACAUCCCAGAUCCCUCUCUCAUCAGAGAAGACACUCUCCCAAGUCAUCGUUGGAUUUGAAGCCCAGACGGAGAACGGCGAUGAGAGCGCGGCAAACACGCCUCUACUGAUCUCCCAGUUCUCGCCCUGCACACCACAGACUGGAGACAGAAAAAGACCAGAACCACUGUCUGUCAAGUCCAGCACCGUGACGACGGACCGCCCCAGCAACCCUCGACAGCGGACCCCCUCAGAGAUGGAGGAUGAGGCCAGCCCGUCACCCAGGUCCAAGCCUCGCUACACAGGCCAGGUCCGCCUUUGCACUGCCCGAUACAGUUAUAACCCUUACGAUGGACCAAACGAGCACCCUGAAGCAGAACUCCCCCUUGUGGCUGGGAAGUACCUGUACGUGUAUGGAAACAUGGACGAUGACGGCUUCUAUCAAGGGGAGCUGCUAGACGGCCAGCGAGGACUUGUUCCCUCCAACUUCGUGGAAUUUGUCCAAGACAAGGAAAAACUAGCGAUUGAGUCAGGGGAGGGAGGAGACGACCUGGGCUCUCUGGACCAUAUGCCCCUGGCCUUGAUGGCAGUGGAUGGAGGUGCCCAGGACGGCCUCCUGGGCACAUCUAACGCCUUGGUUCCCUGUAGCAAUGGGACAGGGGGGCCCCUGGACCCUGACGACCUGGCUGAAGACGUUGUGCCUUAUCCCCGAAAGAUCAACUUGAUCAAGCAGCUGGCACGGAGUGUCAUCGUGGCCUGGGAGCCUCCACUAGUGCCUUUGGGCUGGGGGAACAUCUCUGGCUACAACGUGUUAGUAGACGGGGAGCUUCGCGCCAGUGUAAUGUAUGGCGGCCGGGCCAAGUGUUUGCUGGAGAAGCUGGACCUGGACGGCUGCGUUCAUCGCGUGUCGGUGCAGAGUGCCACGGACCGGGGCUUAUCGGACGAGCUGCGCUGCACCUUGCUGGUGGGGGCCAACGUGGUGGUGGCGCCGUGCGGCCUCCGGGUGGACGACAUCCAGCGCGACACUGCCGAGCUCUCCUGGUUGCCUAGCAACAGCAACUACGGUCACAACGUGUUCCUGGACGGGGCGGAGCACGCGGCGGUAAAGCCGGGACGGUACAGACUACGCUUCGUCAACCUGAAGCCCCUGACAGUUUACAAAGUGACGGUGGUGGCACAGCCGCACCAGGUGCCAUGGCAACUGCCGCUGGAGCAGAGAGAGAGGAAAGAAGCCGGCGUGGAGUUCUGCACUCAGGCUGCAGGUCCAACACCAUAUUGCAGAACAGGCCCUCCCCAGCCCCCCCAAGAUGUACAGGUGCUCUGUGGGCAGGCUCCAGGGGUCCUACAGGUCCGCUGGAAGCCCCCCAUCCUCUCUCCCACAGGCACAUCUAAUGGGGCAAAUGUCGUUGGCUACGCAGUCUGCACUAAAGGACAGAGGAUAGCUGAAGUGUUGUUCCCAAUGGCAGACUAUGUUACUGUCGAGCUGACAAGGAUUCAGUGCCUGGAGGCCAGGGAAGUCAUCGUGAGGACGCUGUCAGUGCAGGGAGAAUCCCAGGACUCCCUUGUCGCCGUCAUUCCAAACAACCUCCUCGUGCCUCUACCUGCAAUCCCCCUGCCACCGCCAAUGCACCCCCACGCAGGCCCCCCUCCACACCCCCAUGCUCAGCCCCACCUCCAAUCCCCUCACCUUCCUCAUGUGUUCCCCCUCCCCCCAGAGGCCCAACUUCCUGCUCCACCCCAGGCCCACGGACAACCACCCCCACCCCAUCCUCCUCACCCUCAACCCCAUCCCAGACUCCCCCACCCAGGUGGACCCCCGCAACCCCAGCACCGACUCCCACAUCCUCAGCCCCAGCCCCUACACCUUCCGCCUCGCCAUCCGCACCAAGGUCCCAGGCCCCAGCACCAACUGCCUCUGCUACCCCACCCCCAUCACCACCCUAUACCUCAGAGACCAGUAUGUGCCAGAGACCUGGAUGCCAAAGACCACGCAGCCCACCACGGGGGAGCUUUUCCACCUGGCCAGCCUGGCUGGGACCUAACACGCUCUCCCACUUCCCAGCCUCCUGUGCCCAUGCAAGGCCACACCCUUGAGGCCCCUCCCCCUCCCAAUCCACGUUCCCCCUCCCCCCAGAGGAUUCUUCCUCAGCCCAGAGGCACGCUCAUCCCAGACACUGUCGCCAAAGCAAUCGCCCGAGAAGCAGCGCAGAGGGUGGCAGCAGAAAGUGGCAAGGUGGACAGGAGGCAGGGCAGAUAUGGAGAGCAGGGUCAGUCAUUUCACCAGCAUCAUUCUGACGAGGAAGAGGAAGAUGAAGAAGGGUUUGCGCGCGGCCGUCGGAGAGGACCCUCAGUGGAUGAGUUCCUCAGAGGCUCUGAGCUCGGGAGGCCGCCUCACUAUAGUCACAAUGAAGAUUAUCACAGCGAAAGCAGCCGGGGCUCUGACCUGUCUGACAUCAUGGAAGAGGAUGAGGAGGAGCUGUACUCUGAGAUGCAGCUGGAAGAGGGACGUCGACGCAACUCGCACAACACACCCAAGGGUAACACUCCGGCUGGAGGCCGUCAUGACCGGGAGACCGGCAGAAGAAACCAUCGCAGCGGUCCCCAGCCUCAGAGAAGACCUCUAAUGGUCCCCUCCAUUGAUGGCUACAGGGACCGGGACCGCCGCUCUCCCACGUACUACGAUGAGUCCGAGCCUGAGGAGUCCUUCCGGAUCUUUGUGGCCCUCUUUGACUAUGAUCCUCUGUCCAUGUCCCCCAACCCAGAUGCAGCUGAUGAGGAGCUGCCCUUCAAAGAGGGGCAGAUCAUUAGGGUGUACGGUGAUAAAGACACAGAUGGGUUUUACAGAGCAGAGGUGAGGGGCAGGAUGGGGCUGAUCCCCUGUAACAUGGUGUCGGAGAUCAGAGCGGAGGACGAGGAGACCAUGGACCAGCUCAUCAAACAGGGCUUCCUGCCACUCAGCACCCCUGUGGACAGAUUAGAGCAGCACAGAAGAGGCCUGCGUCGAGAUCAGGCCUCGAGGAGGAUGGUGGCCCUGUACGACUACGACCCCCGAGAGAGCUCCCCUAAUGUUGAUGUCGAGGCCGAGUUGACCUUCUGUGCUGGUGACAUCAUGGCUGUGUUUGGAGAUAUUGAUGAAGACGGAUUCUAUUAUGGUGAGAUCAACGGCCACCGCGGUCUGGUUCCCUCUAACUUCCUGGAAGAAGUGCCUGAUGACGUGGAGGUGUAUCUGACCGAUACUCCGUCCCACUACCCCCAGGAAGAGCCUGCCAACCGGCCCCCUGCCAAUUCUGCCUCCACCGUCUCAGAGGGCAAACGGGUGACCCCGGAAACCACCGACACGGUCGACAACGACGCCGCACCCGUCCGAGCGCCGUCCCCGAUUGUUCGGCCCCUCCUCCCAGGCACCAUGAGACCCCUCAGCCCUACGAGGGGCCCCCGCCUCCCGCUGGAGCCCCGGGACCCCCGUGACCAAGAUCUGGCAAACAAGAAGAAGAAAGGACUACUUUCCAAAGGGAAGAAGCUCCUGAAGAGACUCUCCCCUGUGAAAUAAAAGAAGAAAGAAAAAAAAAAGCAUACAUGUACAAUACGUGCACAGGCUCUGUAUAUUGCAUCCACACAAUCAACUCUGAUCCAACAACACAUGACAGAGAGGAUGUGAGCUUUGUCUCUUGGACUGUGUGAGCCUAUUUUAAUAUAACCAGUGAUACAGUUAUUCAUGUGCGGUGAUGGAUACAAAUCAUCUAAAUUAUGUAUAGUGCAGUGCCAAAAUCAAAGAGAGAGAGAGGUCACCUGCGGACACAAAAACAUAUUACUGUGAUGUAUUUUAAAUCAACCGAUAAUUUAAAAAAAACAAAAAAAACAACUAGGAUUUUCAUGACAUGUACAUUUUUUCUUUUCUUUAUCAUUAGUUGAAGAAACUAUACAUUUGUUUCAAGCAGGGUAGCUGUGAAAACAAAGGAUCUGGGUACAUCUCUGUUUCUAACGGGCUUUUUUUCUCAGCAACAAAAGAAAAAAAACAUCAAUUUUUGCGGAGUAUUGAUGUCACAGCGAGGAAACACGAGACCACGGUCCUCUAAGAACAUCUCAAAUAGACUACACUUAUCAAGGCAUUCUGUGAAGUAAUGCUGGCUGCUAACUCAAAGCCUUUAUUCAGUGCAAUACCAUGGAGAGGCGGUAGCAUACGUGGGAAGAAAAGAAACAUUUCCACUUGUACCUGUGAUUUCAUCAGAGUGGAGUUCUUAUGUGAUGAAAGGAAUUAAAAAAAUAGAAGAUUGGCAACAGGGCAUUAACUUCAGAGGCGAGCGUAGCUGUCUCAGUGGCCUUUUUGAGAACAAUAUGAGGCUGACGUUCCUCAGUUGAUUUACACGAGGCUUUUUGUUUCAUGACGGGUCGCUUGUGCUUUGUCAUUUUUGGGAAAUUAAAUAAGAGCAGAAGUGUUUGUUGUCCUUGCUGUCAAACUGUCAUGAAACGCCUAGUUCAAGACUACAUUUUGUGUCUGUCUUCCUAUUGCACAAAGGUGGGUGUUUUGAUUGGUAAAAGACAUGUUUUGUGUGCCUGUGUGUGUGAGGCAGUAUGUGAUGCGUUCAUGUUUUUUCACCUUUCAUGUUUGUCUUUCACUUAUAUGUUUUUGCUUUCUGAAGGAGAGGCCAUGUAGUUCUUGGUCCUGUGAUUAAGUGAUGUGCUGCUACCUCCGUGGCCUGUGCACCGUUCAGUUCUGCUGUGUCAUGUUGAUUUAGGGGGCCACGUUAAAGCCUCGGAGAAAUCCCAAAUCAAAAUGUCAAGGUGUGCAUUGUUCACUGGUUCUGUUUCAUCGACCUGAGGUCUGUGGAGAGACAUCACUAACAUAUUUAAUAUGUCCUUUUAUGCUUUACAUGACUUGUACUUGUACUUACAGUACAUAAGGACUAUACCAUAACAAGUUAACAUGUUACACAGCCUAUAUAUAUAUAUAUAUAUAUAUUUAAAAGGGAAUCUGGUACAGAUCUGACUUUUACUUUAUUUCUAUGAUCUUGGAUAAUUUAACAAUUUAUGAAUUAAGCACAUGUACUCAAAGCCGGAGUCUGGAGACACUAAUCAGUAAUGUCGAUGUUCAGUUUGGUCCAUUGGGUUUGUUGACUCACUGAAUGUUUCAUAUGUUGCAAUCAAGUCUUCAGAAUCAAACAAACCUAUUUGCAUAAUGCCACUAAAAGAUUCUGCAACACAAAAUGUGAUCAUAUCAGUGGGAACUACUUAAUAUCCUGCAGGCUGUCUGUUAAUUCAGUUUCUCAUUCAUGGUCAAUGUAAAAAUCUCCAAAAUGUGUCUUUAUUGCAAGAUAGAUGACGCUGCAUGGAGCGAGAAAAUACUGAAUUAAGUGUUUAGUGUGAUCAUUGAUUUUGGACGACAGCGUUUCAUUUUUUCUUACAAUUAUUUUUUACUUAUUUUUAAAAAUUAAAAAUCAUAUAUUUUAAACUUUGAUGACAUCAUUUUAAAUUCCAUCUUUGGAAUGUUUUUUUGCCCGGUUUUCCCAUAUAGGUUAAAUUGGAAAACCUGUAGGUUGGAGAGCAAAUCAAAUUCUAAAACGCAACCAAAUUUAAAAGAAAGAAAUAAAUGAAUGAAAAUUCAAAUGGCAAUGCUAAACUUCCAUCUCACUGAUCACAUAAAGUCACAGCACAUAAUUCAAAUGUAUUUCAUCUGGUGGCCCGAACACAACUCAACCUUACUGUCCUACCUCAGUUUUUGACUCUCGAGGAGACAGCCGUUAUGUGUGUUAAUUAUAUGAGAUUAUAGAGAUAAUAAGUUGCAAUUUCAGAUUUGAAAGCAAAUAUGAUAACUUGGAUUCGUAAAAGGAAUACUGUACCAACAUUUUGUGUGCCGGGAAGUUGGCUAAAAGUGCUCAAGAACUUACUGAUGAAUUACUAACUGAAAGGAAAAAAACGUCUCAUAGCUUUAAUAAUUUAAAAAACUUCUACUCGCUCUGUUUAUUUUGAAAUUACCAUUCUGUCCUGUUUAUCGCUAUAGUUGUCCCUUGUUUCAACUUGCACUUAAGGGUUCUCUCUCCUCAUUAUUUGUUAAUAUUAUUGAUUAAAUACAAUGACAAGAGAGUGUUUUGCCAAAAUGGAAUGUAAGAAAAGUUCAGCUGGUAAUAGGCUUACAUGAUUUUUGUUCCAAAGCUAUUCAUGUAUAGUUUCUCAUUCACAAAGUCACAAAGUUGAAUAACUGUAACAUGGUGUCCCGGUACCAAAUCAUUCACCUGUGAAUGGGUGUAGUGUCUCUAAAUGCCGUAGUUCUUUUGUACUUUGAUCCAUUUGUAGAUAAUUUAUAAAUGUUUCUACUUGAUUUUUCGACAGCUUUUUUUGUUUGUUAGUGCACUGAGAUUCCUUCCACCUGUAACCGACUGCGAGCAUUCUCCAUAGUGUCCUUUGAAAUCAGAUGUAUCGGUCCACCGUAUGUGCUUGCUUUGUGAAUCAAGGUUUAAAAAAAGAAAAACAGAAAAAGAGAAAUCAUUGGACAGUAUUUAUGGUGAUCAUUAUGUAUGGGUGUGCAUGUGAAAAAAUACAACUUUUAUAACCAAAUUAAAUUUGAUAUUUUUUAGGAAAUGACAGUUUGCGUUGAUUUGUGUGUAAAUGUGUUCUCACUGAGAGGCGGGGGCAGGUCAGAUGUUGCAUAUACAGCAGGAGAUUUGAGCUAUCUUUAAUCAUCACAGUGUCACACAAAUUAAUGAGACGUGACAUUCAAAAAGAAAAGCCUCGAAAUGUAUGCAGGCAAGACAUGUAGCAUCUGACAUUAGCACAGUGCCUGGGUUUGUAUGUGGGGGGGUUCAAUAUCAGACAGGGUUUCAUGGCUUAUUUAUUUGCCUGCAACAAACAAAGCUUCUCACAGCCGUCGUCUCAGUGGAGGUAAAAUGCUUGUCAAUAGAAACUGUGUCCUAAUCAGUGCAGUCAAAUGUAUUCCUGGGGUUUCUCUCCGGAAAGAAUAUCGGUUGUUUUGUCACAGCUCGCUUAAUGGCACAUCCACUGUUGGUCUGAUUGAAUUAUUAACCCCAGGUUGUAAUCGGCUGCAACAAGUGGUUGUUUGGAUAGAAAAUCCCCAAAUCAGCUUCAGAAAGAUGAUCUGUAAGGCCUCACGCUCAUUAAUGAACGGCAACAAUGGGAUGACGGUUAUCUUUUGUGAUCAUUUCCAUCAAGACAUGACAAAUUAUAAUGAUUUGAUGAAGUGAUUUAUGCAACAUUUAUUAACAUUUUUCAUCUGAAUUCAAUAUUCUCUCUGCCAUCAGUCUAGAGGUGUAGGCUGUCAUUCAGCCCAGAGCAUCACAACAAAUCAUAUCCUGCCUGUCAUCACAUCAGGGACAAAAGGCUGAAGGGAUGGUGACAAUGCUGAGUUCACACAAGCCUGCUUGGCAGUUCAUAAACAACAAGACUGACUGUCAGUAAAAGUUAGAUUCCUAAUUAACGAGACGUUGGAGAGACUUGGCUUCGAUGCAACAACGAGUAAUAAGUGAAGUGCUGUUCAAUGGGAUCUGAAGUAUAACAGAUGUUGACUGUCAUCCAUGACUUCAAACUCUCUGAGUGAAAGGAGACCGUGAUGAGCCUUGAAUGAUAUUUUAACAAUUAGUCUCAAAGCUUUCAAAGACUGCGAUCCAACAAAGAUGCUUUGGACGUGAUUCAUUUGUGUCAUUUCAGAAGUCUGAAAUGAGAAAUAGCACAUCCGACAAAUUCAUAACAUCCAUAGAGGAUUUCAUUUUUUUGUAAGCACGCUUCUCCUUUCUCCUUUCCUCCAUUUUUAUAUCUCCAUUUUACAAGUAACACACCUCACUGUGUCUACCACAUUUACAUUAAAGCAGGGAACAAUCCAAUCAGAGACAGGGAGCAGAUUGAAAUCAGCGUUGUGGGUGAAUUCAUCUUUCAAACAAAAAAAAAAUAAAUUCAUAAAAA